UCUCUUGUCACGCACGUGUAAUGUGUUCUCGUCAUUUUUAUAUUAUUGUGUAUAAAUUCAUCUACAUAAUAUAAAUCCUGACAAUUACGUAUAAGGCAGUCAAUCUUUGUUAAAUUGCGUUAUAAGAAAAAUCAAUUUUAAAGACAAGGAUAACACUCAAUAUGAAUGAUUCCGACGAUGACAGUUCCGAUAGCAGCAAUGAUUUCGCCGGUAUCACGCCAAAGGAUGAACUGACAGCGAGUUUCUUUUCAGUAAAACCGGUGACAAAGCCUAACCUAGUAGACUCGAAGGACAAUAGCGAGGAUGAGAGCAGCGACGAUGAGAAUUUCGCGAGUGUGCCCGAGAACAAUAGCAUCGAACUGUUCUCGGAAGUGGUCAAGAAUCUGGAAGCCUCACAGAGAGCUUCUGUCAAUGAUGAGGAGCCCAAACAGUAUUUUUCCAAGUACGAUAGUACACACGUCAAGAAAGAAGUCAAAACAGAAAAGAAGAAAAGUAUAUCUGACGAGAUAAACGCUGUUUUGCUCCAAGGAGAAAGUGGAACACAAGCAUUCCGCGAGGAUGACGAAGACACGAAUGACGACGAGAAACAAGAAGAAGUUGUUAAACGUCCUGAAGAUUAUACUAUACCUAAAGAAGGUGUCCAAAUAACUUUACCCGGUACGAGUAUGAUUUUCAAAAAGAAAAAAGCCAACAAAAAGGAAUCAGAUCUGGCUGCGCUUCUGCGAAAAAAAUUAAAAGCUAAUCAGAUUAUUGUAGAGAAAGCAGCUAGACUUUGUUGGUUGGCAUAUGGAUUUCACUUAAAUCAUCAAGCGAAUGAACCUGAGAUAAUGGCAACAGCAGUAUCUCUCAUAUCAACAAAAAGUUAUCCAAAAGAUAACUUUAGUUUAGAAUACCUGGAAAAAUUUACAAAAUGGUUUAAAAAUAUGUUUACAAUACAAUCUAGUGAUGAUCAAGUCAUUAUAAAUAACGAGACGUUAUUAAAAAGAACCGCGGAGAAGAAAAUUUAUAAUUACAGGGAAUUAGUAAUAUUAUAUGUAGCAAUACUGAGAGGUAUUGGCUUACAUUGUCGUUUAGUAGUAUCUCUCAAUCCACCACUUGUAAAAGCUUAUAAUGAAUUACUGCCUAAAACAAGCACAGUGAAAAAAGAUAGUCAAAUUAAAGACGAAACAAAAGCGAAACAGAUAUCCCCGAACGAAGAUAAGAAAAAUGUGAAUUCAAAGGAAGAUAAGAAAAAUGUGAAUUCAAAGGAAGAGAAGAAAAAUGUGAAUUCAAAGGAAGAGAAGAAAAAUGUGAAUUCAAAGGAAGAGAAGAAAAAAAUGAAUUCAAAGGAAACUAAGAAAAAUGUAGAUUCAAAAAAAGAUCUCAAAAAUAACAGUAUAAUUCAGAAUAACGAAAGUGCACGAAGAAACGCUAAUGAAGAAGCAAAAAAAAGGGCAGCAGAGAUUCUUCGUUCAAAGUAUUCAUAUACUAAGAAAAACAAAGACAAAGUAAAUAGCAAUAUAGUCACACAAGAUAAUGCUUCUACAUCUAAAAAUAUAGAAACAGCUUCCACAAGUUCAAGAAAAGUAGAGUCUGAUCCAUCUCCAAGGCGUUUAAGAUCUAGUAAGCCACAUGAUGUUCUAUCCACUUCAACCAAGCAACAAAAUAAGAUUAUUUCAGAAGAUAACCAAUCUAAAACAAAAAGUUCCAAGAGACAGUCACGAAGUAAUAGUUCGAGUUCCGAAGAAGAAGAAAAGCCGCCUAAAAAAGCAAAAAGGAAAUAUAGUGAUAAAAAUAAAACGGUCAUUAAAUCUAAAAGAAAGAAUGAAAAACAGGAUCAAGCAUCGACAGAUGAAGAAACGGAAAACAAAUUGAAAAAGAGACAAGAUGUAUGGGCCGAAGUAUAUAUGGAAUCUAAAGCAAGCUGGAUAUGUGUAAAUGUUAUGGAUGGAAAUGUAGAUUGUGUAGCUGAAAUAUACAAAAAAGCAAGCAAGCCAGUAUUAUAUGUGAUAGCUUAUAAUUCGGAAAAAUUAGUAAAAGAUGUUACAAGACGUUACUGUCCACAAUGGCUUUCUGUCACACGUAAACAGCGUAUUGAUGAGAAAUGGUGGAUUGAGACUUUAAGUUAUUGGCAAGAAAGGGAGACGACCAUGUCUAAACAAGAAGAUGAAUUACUAUUGCAAAAGGAAUUGGAGCAACCAUUGCCUAAAACCGUUGGCGAAUGCAAAGGGCAUCCAUUAUAUGUUCUUGUCAGGCAUUUACUCAAAUACGAAGCCUUGUAUCCACCAGAUUGUGUACCAUUAGGACAUUUGAAAACAGGCGAAGCUAUUUAUUCACGGUAUUGCGUAUAUACGCUAUCCUCACGAGAAACGUGGCUAAAGAAAGCUCGAGUAGUUAAACCGAAGCAGGAUCCUUACAAGAUAGUUAAAGCACUUCCAAAAUAUGACAAGCUUUCAGGUAUGAGAUUGAAAGAUUCUGCAUUGGAACUAUUCGGAGAAUGGCAAACUACAGACUACGUUCCCCCAGAAGCUAAAGAUGGUAUUGUACCUCGAAAUGAAUAUGGAAACGUGGAUUUAUUUAAAAAAUGUAUGCUUCCAAAAGGCACAGUACACAUAAUCCUUCCAGGAUUAAAUCGUAUCGCGCGGAAAUUGAACAUAGAUUGCGCGACUGCUGUAGUGGGUUUCAAUUUCGGUUGCAUGGGUGCUGUACCAGCCAUUGAGGGCUAUGUUGUGUGCGCUGAAUACGAAGACACAUUACGAGAAGCUUGGGAAGCAGAACAAAUUGAAGCGGCUAAACGAGCUGCUGAAAAGAUUAAGAAAAAGGUUUACGCCAACUGGAGGAAACUUAUUAGAGGUUUACUCAUUAGGGAGAAACUACAGCAAAAAUACAAUUUUAGAGAAGAAUCUAAAGAACCGUCAAACAAACGUCCAAAAUCACAAAAGGAUGCCGUAAAGAAAUCCAAAGCACAAUAGAAUACAAAAUUGUGUGAUUAAUUUAUAUACAUAUUAAUUUAAAAAUACAUAUUAUGUUUAAAGAAACCAAUGUAUAAAA